AAAGGGGUUUUGGGGAUUGGUUCUUAUGGGUCUCAGAGUCAAGACAAACCUGCAUCAACCUUCUUCGCAUUCCCGUCCUCUCAUAUCAAGUGAAUAAGACCAAAAGAAGUCUCUUUAAGAAAUUUAAACCCCUUUUAACGUCAUUUCAUCAAGAUUGACCUUUUAUGACAUUUAGUACGUUGUAUCCUAAAUCCCCUAUCACGCCCUCUACUUGUCGCAGCUAAAACUUGCUGGCCAAUAAUAUCUUCCACACACUUCAGGAUUUUCCCAUGAUAUGCACGGAUGUUGUGUACACAAAGAUCCACCUCUGUGUUUUUUGUUCAGUCUGCAGUUCACGCGUCGGAUCACGGAAUAUUGUAUACUGUCGGGAACAGUACGUGGCGUUGUCUUCGCCUUGUCUACAACAGGACACAAGAUUUGCGUGACUAGACCGACCAUCCCGCGAUCGUAAUGUGAUUUCUUAUGAACCUUGUAACCUUUCGCCCCUCCCCCUCUUUUACUCAAGUGACUUUUAUCUGUCCUUGAGGCGUUGUUUCAAGGACUUCUGGUCUAUUGUUCUACAUGGAAGCCUUACAAGAGGACAAGUCUCAGGCACUGUGUCUUUGUGGUAAGUCCUGAUCUUAUCCCGACCUGAUAACAUUACAAGAGUUACAACCGUACGCAGCCGAGCAAGACGGCCCCGUGGAUGUUGUAACACCGGUAAUACAUGCGUGAUCGUUCAGUUGUCACCGGUGUGUCAUUCAUUGUGUCUUCAGGUGAUUUGUGUGCUCGCGUGCAGCAAUGGCGACGGCGGAGCCUGAACAGGAAAUAUCACUUCUUGGAGGGUUUCUGUCGUGUGGCAUUUGCGGGGAAGCGAAGGAGAAAGAACUGAAGGCGUCGUCGUGUCUUCACUUGUUUUGUGGGGACUGUUUGCGAGCAAAGGUCGGAGAAGAUGGGACGUUCUCGUGCCCAAGGUGUAAGAAAGAUGUGACUCUCCCAGCCGGCGGUGUCAAUGACCUUCAAGACAGCCUGUGGGUACAUGACGUCAGGAAGGCGAUGGAAAGUAGGCCAGUCGCGCCAGACUCGCCACAGGCGAUCCGGGAAGUCUGUGAUCACCCGGCGGAAAACGCGAGGAUCUUCUGCGAGAACUGCGACAAGGCUAUCUGUGAGGACUGUGUUCAAGACCCGAACCCGCAUAAAGGUCACCAGGUGAGUCUACUCAGCGACGCCAUCAAGCGGAAACAAGGAGAAGUGCAGACGGUGAUAUCGUCCUGUCUCGUAGGCGUGUCAAACAGUGGGGCGACCCUGAACAACUUAGAAGCCUCCGAUAGAACACUUCGGGCUAGGAGAGACAAACUCGUUCGGGAGAUCGAGAAAGAGGCCCAGGUUUUGAUUGACAGGAUCGUUGCACGACGUGAGCGGCUGGGAGCAGAUGUCGAGGCAAAGUACAACGAGAAAAGUCGCCUUCUUCAAGAGAAGAGAUCAGAGACGAUAGAAACCGUCGCCAACUUGCUUCACGCAGUAGAGAAAGCUGAGACGUCUUGCAAUGAGAAGGAGGACAACUACCUAAGACUAUCAGGGGCAAAGUCGGACAUGAUACACCUGAGCCAGAGGCUGACACACGUAACAGCCGAGGUUGACCUUGACGCCUUUGACCUUGGUUUGAAGUUCACGUCAAAAGGUAUUCCUGAGGAUGGCGCGUUUAGAAUCGGCCGCGUCGAGGAGUUACCGGUCAUCCGUCGGGUCAGUUCGGACAGCACGGACAGUCUAGGCUACGGUAACGGAAAUAGGGUCACAAUAAACGGUAACAACAAUGGCGAGAAGAACGGUGACACUGAAGACUCAGACGAUACGGUGCUAGCAGAACACAAAGAGUGUAGGACAUCGGACAGGUCCGUCAUGGUGGGGAAAGCCGGGACCAAACAAGAACAGUUUAACCACCCGUGCGGACUCGCCGUUUCCGAAGAUGACGUCAUCUUCGUGGCCGACACCGACAACAAGCGAAUCCAGGUGUUGAACAGCAGCGGCGAGUUCGUGCGCGUCAUGCCGACUCUCAGCAAGACGUGGCUCGGGAGGAACACGGAGCACGAGCCGGUGUGGCUCGCCGUCAGCGCCGAGGGCAACCUGUACGUCACCUACCACAAGAAAUCGGGCGUCGACGUGUUCCAAGAGGAUGGCGCCUUCGUGACGUCAUUCGCGCGAAAUGUCAGAUCCAGCCGGAUCGCGAUCAGUCCGUUAGACGGGAACAUAGUGGUCGGGUCAGAGAGCGGGAUUCGGAUCUUCACGUCGGAUGGCCAGGCGCAGAAGAUGUUCUCGGGCCCGGCGUUCCUGGGAGGGGUGGCCGUGAGCCCGCAGGGGGACAUCCUGGUGUCCGACAGGAGGGAACACUGUGUCAAGGUCUACAGACCGGACGGUAAGCUCCAGAGAACGCUGAGCGGGUGGGGUGACAAGGCGGGCCAGUGUUACUCCCCGCGCGGCAUCUGUGUGGACCGCCGCGGGAACGUCAUCCUGGCUGACAGGGACAACGGGCGGGUCCAGAUGUUCAACUCCAGCGGCAAGUUCCUCAGGGUGCUGGGGACGAGAGCAGACGGGCUGGACCGGCCAGAAGAGGUGGCGUUGCUAAGCGACGGUCGUAUUGUCGUUCUAGACUCCGUGCACCAGUGUCUGUUUUUCAUCUCACAAUAGAUGCUUAUUUGUGUUAAACUUCAAGGGAGGGGAAAAUAUUGCUUCAUCUUCUUCUUCUGUUCGAAACAGAUAAGGUCAUUGACCUGGACCUGGACCAGAAGAUUGACGUCACCAUGAUUACUGGUGAAGUUGUAGAUGGCCUGUGGUUUUCGGUCACAUUAUGUAGGAAGUGGCAGGACAGAGCUGGGGGCUUAUCACUAUGAAUUCGUUUGAGGAAGAAUGAUGGACAGAGCUGUAGUUUGUUAACGUGUGAAAGCAAACAUUAUACAUUUAAAUGUCACAUUUCUUCUUCGUUGUAUCUCUGUACCUAAAAUUGAUUUUAAGUUUGCGGGAAGGUUUAAGUUUAAGAUAGGAUGGAAAAUGAGGUUGCCAUGCCAUGCCAGGCGGACUCCUGUGGUAUAUUAUUCAAUGUAUUUGACUAAUUUCUCCUAUUUCUCCAGCAACGUAUGUAGUCUGGUAGAGACAAACUUUGUCUUAAGUAACAUUUCUAUGGUUUCUGGAGACAACGAAGAUUGAGAGAAUAAACUAUGUAUUAUUUCGCGGGGAAGCAGAAUAGACAUGAAUUCAGGUGUGGUAUAGAAUGUAGUAUUUCGUAAUGUUGCAAAAAAAGCUCUAAAAUAUUAUGGGCAUCCUGUCACUAGCGUAUGUCUAUAGUUGCAAAAGACAUAGAAUUAUGAUGUUUCCGAUGUUUCAAAUUCUAAUGAUAUGACCUUGUGGCUUGGAUCCAUGGGUUAAAAUGUACGGCACUUACUUCUGCAGGUGAUUUUUUAAAUAUAAUUAUCAUUUUGCAUUCUUAUAAAUAUUUGCAUUUCUUUAGCUUUGCUUGACUAAGAGGUGCAAAUAUGUUUAAUGUUGUAAUGUGUUCAUGUUUAAGAAUUGUAUAGUCAAGGAAGAGAAGUUGGAUUUUAACUAGAUGUCAAAGUAGUUGAGUAGACAAGUUGAGUUCUCUCUAACCUUGUGUGAAACGGUGCUUUCUUAGCUAGGACAAUACUGUAUGGAUUGUCUUUUUUCUUAAUGAAUGUUAUGUAUGAUUUUAGAUAGUUGCAUAAUACAUAUAUAGAGUGAUGUUUCUGUACAGAAAUACUGCGUAUAGCUAACGAUUGCUUUUAUAAGGAAUAAUGAACUAUGCAUCGGUGUUAAGAUUUAAAGAAUGAUGCAGAAAAUUGUACAGGUAUACCAAAGACGAAUAAUAUCUGCAAAUUUCAA